CACCUCUGAACCGCCUUCUUCCUAUCAAGAGCUUUCAAAUCUUAGUAGCUUCUUCAGCCUUAGUCUUGAUAGAUUAAAGUGAAGUUAAGGUAGUUUAUUGUGGCGCCUGUGCCUUCCGGGAGGAAAAGAACCUGCUGCUUUGCACAGUGCCCAAUUGCUUGUUUACUGCAGAAUCUAGAUUUAACAGAUUCCGACCUUGUGCGGAGCGUUUGACCAAGUCACAUCAAUCUGUUGAAGUGAGCCUCAGCUUGGGCCUCUGUGGGUCAGAAACUCUUGGCAGAGCUGGAAAGUGGGUCAGGACAGUGGGUUAUGGGAUGGAUGAAGCAGAGCAAGAUCAGCAUGAAGCUCGACUCAAGGAGAUGUUUGACAGUUUUGAUGCCACUGGCACUGGGUCUCUGGGCCAGGAGGAGUUGACAGACCUCUGCCAACUGCUGAACUUAGAAGAAGUGACAUCAGCACUACAGCAGACACUGUUUCAGGAUAACCUCUUAGGCAGGGUAUACUUCGACCAGUUUAAAGAAGCACUAAUACUUGUUUUAUCCAGAACUCUGUCCUUUGAAGAGCACUUUGAAAAACCAGGCUGCUUAGCAGAAGUUCAGCCCAAAUACAUAAAAGACGGAAAAUGUUAUGGCCGAAGGUCUUUACCUGAGUUUCAAGAACCUUUGGGGGACUUUGCUGAAGUGAGAGUGCUUGAAUCAUUGAACAAAGAAACUCAAUCUUCACUUGUCGCUGCCAGUGACUUCAAUGAGUAUUACAAGGCUCAGCAUAAUGAAGAAUAUGAGGCAGAAGGCCAGUUAAAAUUUUGGAACCCUGAUGACUUAAAUGCCUCACAGAAGGGAUCUUCUCUUUCUCAAGACUGGAUUGAUGACAAACUACAUGAAAUUUGUGAAGAUCUGGCACUAACUCAAGAUGGCCACUUGACCAAAAAGAAGCUGAUCUCCAUCUGUGAACAGUAUGGCUUGAGAAAUGUUGACAAGGAGAUGUUUGAAAAUAUCUUCCAUGAUCUUAAGCCUGAUGGUACAAUGAGCAUAAAAGAUUUUUUCCAUGGUUUAUUUAAAAAUGGAAAAUCUCUUACAACAUCAGCAUCAACUCCUUACAGACAGUUGAAAAGGCAUCUUUCCAUGCAGUCUUUUGAUGAAAGUGGGAGACGCACCAUGACUUCUACAAUUUCAAGUUCAGUUACCUUCCAAUUAUUCUCCUGCCUUGAUGAUGGAAUGGGGUAUGGUUCUGUGGAGCAAAUACUUGACACCUGGAAUGAAGAGGGCAUUGAGAAUGGCCAGGAGAUCUUACAGAACUUGGAUUUCAGACUUGAUGGAAAUAUCAACUUAAUGGAAUUGACCUUAGCACUAGAAAAUGAGCUUUUAAUUACCAAAAAUAGCAUGCACCAGGCAGCCUUGGCCACUUUCAAGACAGAGAUCAGGCACUUGUUGGAACAAAUUGACCUAGUAGCCAGAGAGAAAGAGAAGUUGCAGUUGGAUCUUGAAAAAGCUGAGAAACUAAAGUCUUUAAUAGCUUCUGAAGUGGAUGAUCACCAUGCUGCCAUAGAACACCAAUAUGAAUACAAGUUCAAGAAACUGGAGGAAUUAUACAGGGAAAAGAUAACAUCCUUCAAAAAUGAUAUCCAAAAGGAGAGAGAACAGCUUCUACAGCAGGUGGGCAAACAGCAUUUGGAACUGGAACAGGAAAUAGAAAAAAUGAAAAUUGAAGAGAGCUACAUUCGAGACCGUCUUAGUUUUUCUUUAAAGGAGAACAGUCGUUUAGAAAGCGAACUACUGGAAAAUACAGAAAAGCUUACAGAAUAUGAGAGUUUAAUCGCCAAACUGCAGAAGAAUUUGGACAAUGUGCUAUCAGAAAAGUUUGGUGACCCAGAUCCCAACAGUGCUGAGUUCUUUUUGCAAGAAGAGAGGCUAAUCCAGAUGAAAAUUGAAUACGAACAGCAGUGCAGAAUGUUACAGGACCAAGUGGAUGAACUCCAGUCUGAACUGGAGGAAUAUCGUUCUCAAGGCAAAGUGUUUAAAGUUCCUUUCAAGAACUCUCUUUCUAAGGAGCUUGAUGUUAGACGUCACAGUAUAGAUCUUGACCAAGGAUUUGGUUCUGAAAAUUGUGAUCCAUCCAACAUGAGCAUUGAAGCAGAACUGAUUAUUGAACAACUGAAAGAACAACAUGACAGGGACAUGAAAUGUUUAACACUGGAACUUAAGGAUAAAAUGAGUCAUUAUGAAAAGCAGCUAGAUGAAACCAAAGCCAACUGUGGAAAAGAGCAAGAAAAUGUGAAACAAAAGUACAAGAAUGAGAUACAUACUUUGGAAAAACAAAUUAGUGCCCUUAAAAGUGAAAUUGCAGAACUGCAGAAACAGACAGUUGUUCUGAAAAAAAAACAACAACAAACAGACUGUAGGUAUAUGAAAGAGAAAAACGAAUUACAAGUGAAAUUUAAUGAAGAAAAGGCUCAUCUCCAGGAGAAGUUGAAACUAGAACAUGAAGAAGCUCUUAAGAAUAGACUACAACAGAUAGAGGAAAGCUUUAACAGAGAGAGGGAGGGUCUCAUUCAAAAUGGUAUAUGGGCUGAAGAGAAGUUGAGAAAUUUAGUUAAAGCAAAGGAAGAAGAGAAAUGCAAACUGGAAGAAUUUUACCAGAAGCAGCUAAAAAGCUUAAUCGAAAAACAUAAUCUUGAGAAAGAAGAGCUACAAAGGAAACUACUAGAAAAGCAUCAAAAUAAACUGCAGGAGGAAAGAGAGGAGGAACUGAAGUCAAUGAUGCAUGACUUACAAAGCACAUGCAGUGAAAUGCAGCACAAAGUUGAUCUGCUGAGACAGGAGUCUGAAAAGUUUCAAGAAAACUCUAUUUUAAGGAAGGAAAUUACCACUUUAAAUAAGGAAGGUAGCAUUUCUUACCUAAAAUUAAGCGAAUUAUGGGGAUCUCAAGACGAAAUAUGGAAAAAAAUAGAAACUAUAAGAAAGGAAAAAAUUGCUAUACAGAAGAUGGUUGAAAACUUUAAAAACCAGAUUUCAGAAUUAAAAGCCAAAAGUCAGCACUUGGAUUUGGAAAAUGCGGAACUUAUCCAACAGAACACCCAAAGUGAAGCAGAUCUUCAGUAUCUUCAACAAUAUUUAGCACAAAUUAUCUGUCAGAAAGAAAAAGAGAUCGGAAACUCUGUAUUGGAAGAAUGGGGAAAAGAAAGUUCAAAGCUAAAAGAAGAGCAAGACAAUUGCAAAGCAAAGAUUCAGAAUUUAGGUGAUUGUCUACAGAAUGCUAACAUUCAGAUGUCCCAAAUGAAGUCAGACCUACAAGUGACCCAGCAGGAAAAGGAAGCCUCCUUAAAACAGGAGAUAUCAUUACAUCAACAAUUACAGAAUGUCAAUGGAAAGGUUAGUCAAAUGAAUAAACUUGAAGAAUUGGAAACAAUUCAGCUGGAAAAUCAAAGCCUGAAAAAUAAUCAAGUAAAAGUACAUGAAGAGAUAAUGAAGGAAAGUCAAAAGCAGCUGAUGAUGGCUAUGGAGGAACGCAUGCUAGAAGUUGAGCAGAAGUUGAAAUUGGUGAAAAGACUUUUUCAGGAAAAAGUGAAUCAACUACAAGAACAACUUUGCAAGAAUACAAAAUCUGAUGCAGUGUUGAAAGAUCUAUUUGUUGAAAAGACUCAUCUAUUAAAAACUUUAGAGAUUACUGAAAAGCAGCAGAAAACAGCAGAAAAGAAAAAUUAUCUUUUGGAAGAGAAGAUUGCAAGCCUUAGUAAUAUCAUCAGGAAUCUAACACCAGCAUCAAUGACUUCUGCACUUCCUCUCAGGUCAUAGAAGAGCCACAAAAUCUACAAGAAUAUAUAUACUACUAAAAUGUAACAUUUCAGUAGAAUAUUUGUCUCUUUUCAUGUCCUGAGUGCUUCUAAAAUGUGACAAAUUAAGAAGAAACAUUCUAAACUGCUAAAAUUUGCUAAAAGCUAAAAGGAAAUCUCAGUAUUCUGUCUGCUUAAUCCUCACAGCUCUAAGAGACAAAUUAAGAAAUUCUGACCAAUUAUCAAUAGGGAGAAAUGAUCAGUUUCUUAAAGGUAAUUAAAAGGUAAAUAAUAAUAAGCUUUGAUCAUAAAGGAAGAAUUGAGAAUCAUAGUUCUUGAAUUAUAUUAUUUAAUUAUAAUACACUAUAGUAGGUUAUUAUAUAAUUUUAUUGUAUAUUACUGUAACUGUCAUUUUCAAUCCUAUUAGAACUAUUUUUUGAAAGUUGUUUCCUAGGAACUAGAUAAAGUCCCUGGCAUAUCAUUCAAAUUAUCAAGAAAGCUCUGAAAUAAUCUUUUAUUUAGGGUAGUAAUCUCAAUUUGAGAAUCACAAGAAACAACUGAGAAUGAAUGUAGUACUAAUGUCUAAAUUAAAUUUGCAGACUCAAAUCAUGGUUAAAGUAAGAUAUUCUAAAAGGAAGG